AUGUUCAAACUCCCUCUUCAGACCGUGCGCAGUAUUGCCAGACCUAGAUCACUUUCCUCCAAGCGCCACCUCAGACAAAAUUCCAGCUCGGCGUCCGACCGCACCAUGUGCGUUAAUCGCGCCAUUAAUGAGCUACAGGCUGCACAGGGUACGACAACUACCGGCCGCAUUGUCAACAAGAUAUGCACACGUCUCGCCAACGAUAGGGCGACGACGCGUACGGAGCAAUUGAUCUGGCUCGCCAAGCAUGCUCUUGAGACAUCAGCAGCAUUUAACCAAGAUACCAAUCGCAGUGAUGAUUCUAUAUCUCACAAGCGAAGAGAAAAGGGCGGAGAUGGACAGAAGGCAGCCGCUUCUGAGGCGAAGGCCAAAACAUCUCACGAAGGCGUUUCCGUGUGGCCAUCUAUGUGGUAA